GGAAAACUGAGCAACAGCCACGACAGUGGACGCGAGCGUCUCCUCUGUGCGCAUGCGCCCGCUCAGCGGCCUGCUUCUAUUUAUGUGGGGGAUCCAACAUGGCGGCCACGGCGACCCUGGAGAUGGCGGUGAAUCCCAUCAGAACGUAGUAGCGGGGAAGGGGGCACGGUCCGCACUCACCGUGGCGUCGGCGGAAACGGCUGAGGGUGGUGGAGGGAAGAAAAGCGACGGAGAGCAAGAGGAAGGGCGGGGAGGCACGCAGCGCGGCGUAGAAGCGAGCGCCGGCUCGAGCGAAAGCAGAGGGCCAGAACAGUGGGGAUGGCGGAGCCGCGCAGAGUAGCGUUCAUUAGCUUGUCAUCGGUGCGGCGGCGCGAGGCCGAGUACCCAGGGCCCGAGCGCGAGCCCGAGUACCCCCGCGAGCCCCCCCAGCUGGAGCCGCAGCCGUACCGCGAGCCGGCCCGGGCGGAGCCGCCGGCCCCGCGGGAGCCUGCCCCCCGCUCCGACGCGCAGCCCCCGCCGCGGGAGAAGCCGCUCCCCCAGCGCGAGGUCAGCCGCGCCGAGCCGCCCAUGUCGCUGCAGCGGGAGCCCCCGCGGCCCGAGCCGCCGCCGCCGCUCCCACCGCUGCCCUUGCAGCCGCCCCCGCCGCGGGAGUCGGCUUCCCGGGGUGAGCUGCCGCCGCGGCCGCGGAGAGAGACUGUGCGCCUGGAGCUGGUGCUCAAGGACCCCACCGACGAGAGCUGCGUGGAGUUCAGUUACCCGGAGCUGCUGCUGUGCGGAGAACAACGGAAGAAACGCAUUCACACAGAAGACCCAUUUAAUGAUGAACAUCGGGAGAGGCAAGAAGUGGAAAUGUUGGCUAAGAAGUUUGAAAUGAAAUACGGUGGGAAACCCCGUAAACACCGGAAGGAUCGGCUACAAGAUUUAAUUGAUAUAGGCUUUGGCUAUGAUGAGACAGAUCCAUUUAUUGAUAACUCAGAGGCUUAUGAUGAAUUAGUUCCCGCUUCUCUAACAACAAAAUAUGGAGGCUUUUAUAUCAACACUGGCACUCUGCAGUUUCGCCAAGCUUCAGAUACUGAAGAAGAUGAUACUACAGACAACCAAAAGCACAAGCAACCCAAAGUUCCCAAAAUAAAAGAAGAUGAUAUCGAGAUGAAGAAGCGGAAGCGGAAAGACGAAGGGGAAAAGGAGAAGAAGCCAAGGAAAAAAGUACCCAAACAACUGGGAGUUGUGGCUCUAAAUUCACACAAGUGUGAAAAAAAGAAGAAACGUUAUAAAGAUUCUCUUUCUCUAGCUGCCAUGAUUAGAAAAUUCCAGAAAGAGAAGGAUGCAUUAAAGAAGGAGUCUAGCCCCAAAGUCCCAGUGACCUUGUCAACUUCCUCUCUGAAUAAACCCCCUUGUGCCCCUGCAGCACUGGGGAAUGAUGUCCCGGACUUAAAUCUGAGCAGCGCUGAUCCAGACCUUCCCAUUUUUGUUAGCACAAAUGAACAUGAGCUGUUUCAGGAAGCUGAAAAUGCCCUAGAGAUGCUAGAUGAUUUCGACUUCGACAGAUUACUGGAUGCUGCUUCUGAUGGUAGCCCCCUGUCUGAGUCGGGGGGUGAAAAUGGAACCACCACCCAGCCAACCUAUACUUCUCAGGUUAUGCCCAAAGUGGUACCUACACUCCCUGAGGGUCUACCUGUACUUCUUGAAAAACGUAUCGAAGACCUCCGUGUAGCUGCCAAACUUUUUGAUGAAGAAGGAAGGAAAAAAUUCUUUACACAGGAUAUGAAUAAUAUUCUUCUGGACAUUGAGUUACAGCUACAAGAACUAGGCCCUGUCAUUCGCAGUGGUGUCUACUCCCACCUUGAAGCUUUUGUGCCAUGCAAUAAAGAAACACUAGUAAAACGUCUAAAGAAGUUGCAUCUCAAUGUCCAGGAUGAUCGUUUAAGAGAACCUCUGCAAAAACUGAAACUGGCUGUCAGCAAUGUCAUGCCUGAACAGCUAUUUAAAUACCAGGAGGACUGCCAGGCUCGUAGUCAAGCUAAGUGUGCCAAAUUGCAGACAGAUGAAGAACGAGAAAAAAAUGGAUCUGAAGAAGAUGAUGAUGAGAAACCAGGGAAACGUGUCAUAGGACCAAGAAAGAAAUUCCACUGGGAUGACACCAUCAGAACUUUGUUAUGUAACCUUGUUGAAAUCAAACUGGGAUGCUAUGAGUUAGAGCCAAAUAAAAGCCAGUCUGCUGAAGAUUAUCUUAAGUCUUUUAUGGAGACAGAGGUGAAGCCCCUGUGGCCUAAGGGCUGGAUGCAGGCAAGAAUGCUUUUUAAGGAAAGCCGGAGUGUUCAUAAUCAUCUUACUUCUGCUCCGGCAAAGAAAAAGGUGAUUCCUGCACCUAAACCCAAAGUAAAGGAGGUGAUGGUAAAGACCCUUCCUCUCCAUUCUUUCCCCACUAUGCUUAAGGAGUAUAGUCCAAAAAAGGACCAGAAAACUCCUUCAUCCCUUGUGGCUCCAGUUAGCGGUCCUCCAACGAGCUCCAGCACAACUGCCGUUGCCGCAGCCAGCUCUAGCUCUGUACCAGCCCAAGAAACCAUCUGCCUCGAUGACUCACUAGAUGAAGACCUUUCUUUCCAUUCACCUUCACUGGAUCUUGUUUCUGAAGCUUUAGCGGUUAUCAACAAUGGAAACAAGGGCCCUCCAGUUGGCUCAAGGAUAAGCAUACCAACCACAAAGCCUCGUCCAGGACUGAGAGAAGAAAAAUUAGCAAGUAUCAUGAGUAAGCUGCCACUGGCUACUCCUAAAAAACUAGAUUCUACUCAGACUACACAUUCUUCAAGUCUUAUUGCUGGUCACACGGGGCCAGUACCAAAGAAACCCCAGGAUUUAGCUCAUACCGGCAUCUCUUCAGGCCUUAUUGCUGGUUCUUCCAUUCAGAACCCUAAAGUUUCUUUAGAACCUCUGCCAGCCAGGCUACUUCAACAAGGACUUCAAAGGUCAAGCCAGAUUCACACUUCCUCCUCGUCACAGACUCAUGUCUCCUCUUCCUCCCAAGCCCAAAUUGCUGCCUCUUCUCAUGCUCUGGGAACAUCUGAGGCCCAAGAUGCUUCUUCGUUAACACAAGUAACAAAGGUGCACCAGCAUUCAGCUGUCCAGCAGAACUAUGUGUCUCCAUUACAGGCCACCAUCAGUAAAUCCCAGACCAAUCCCGUGGUGAAAUUAAGUAAUAAUCCCCAACUCUCCUGUUCCUCCUCGCUUAUUAAGACUUCAGAUAAGCCACUUAUGUACCGCCUUCCCUUAUCUACCCCCUCACCUGGAAAUGGUUCUCAAGGGUCCCACCCCCUGGUUUCUAGGACAGUACCUAGCACCACUACCUCCAGUAACUAUUUAGCCAAGGCUAUGGUGUCACAAAUCUCCACGCAGGGUUUUAAAUCUCCCUUCUCGAUGGCUGCCUCCCCCAAACUUGCAGCAUCUCCCAAGCCUGCCACAUCUCCUAAACCCCUGCCCUCACCUAAGCCUUCUGCCUCACCCAAGCCCUCUCUGUCAGCUAAGCCUUCGGUAUCAACUAAACUUAUUUCUAAAUCCAACCCAACUCCCAAGCCUACUGUAUCCUCUAGUAGUACAAGUCCAAAUGCACUAGUAGCCCAGAGUAGCCACUCCAGCACUAACAACCCAGUCCACAAACAGCCCAGUGGAAUGAAUAUCAGCAGACAGUCUCCCACCUUGAAUUUAUUGCCCUCUAACCGCACUUCAGGCCUUCCAUCUACAAAAAAUCUUCAGGCCCCCUCAAAGCUAACAAACUCAUCAUCCACUGGAACUGUUGGGAAGAAUAGCUUGAGUGGAAUUGCAAUGAAUGUACCUGCCAGCAGAGGUAGUAGCAACCUUAACUCAAGCGGAGCUAAUAGGACUAGUCUAUCUGGGGGAACAGGAAGUGGAACACAGGGUGCUACCAAACCAUUGUCUACUCCACAUAGACCAUCUACUGCCUCAGGGUCUUCAGUGGUAACAGCCAGUGUGCAGUCCACAGCAGGAGCAUCAUUAUUGGCUAAUGCCUCACCUCUGACUCUCAUGACAUCACCUUUGUCUGUGUCAAAUCAAAAUGUGACUCCUUUUGGGAUGCUGGGUGGCCUUGUUCCAGUGACCAUGCCCUUCCAGUUUCCCUUGGAGAUAUUUGGCUUUGGAACGGACACAGCUGGAGUGACAACCACGUCGGGAUCUACCUCAGCCGCUUUCCACCAUAGCCUAACUCAGAAUUUACUAAAGGGUUUACAGCCAGGAGCUCAGCAUGCAGCGACGCUUUCCCACUCACCUCUGCCUGCACACUUACAGCAAGCAUUUCACGAUGGAGGCCAAAGUAAAGGGGACACUAAAUUACCACGGAAAUCUCAGUGACUGCCCAGCAAGCAAAGGAGACGAAAUGUGUAGUUGACUGAUGGAAUCUACCUGAUGGGAAAGUACUUAUGUGGUCAUAGGGCUGCUGUUUCUGUCGAUGUUUACAUUCUCUCGUCCCAAGCACUGUGGUGAGGAGGAAAAAGAAAAGAAAACAUUACUUGAGCAAAGCCAGGUGCAGGAGGAAGAAAUGCUUUUGUGCAAAGUUAGUGACCUUUGGUCUCUUCUAAAGAAAGACAAAGUUACCAUAUUAACAGACUUGAAAGACACUCAGUUGUCAAACCCACAGAAAUACAAAUUUGAUUUUUCCCGGGGGAGGAAGAAGGAAGGCAAGAGAAUUUGGGUAAACUCCAUCCAUCCUGGGGGUUGGAUCUGAACACUUACCGACAUAAUUGCAUAAUAAAAGGCAUUAAAAACUGGAAUUAGGCCAGUUUGUCAGGAAUAAUGAUCAUGUCUUUGAGUGGACUGUGUAGCAAAUUUGCCACAAAAAUAUAUGUAUAAUGAUUCUCCGAUAGGCAGUAGCUGAAGAAAUACCAUACCCUCAAAAAUCCUGAACAAACUUGAAUCUUCUCCAGUACGUAGCAACUCCCCAUGUAAAUCAGUGGACUAAAGAUCCUUCAGGAAAGUUAUUUUAGCACAGUGAUAUAUAUCUAGAUUUUUUAAAAUCAGGAAGUUGAGCCUGUUGCUCUUAAGAGAUGAAACUUAGAUAUCCCCUUUUUGUAAAAGGGUCAAUUUCAUCUUCCGUUCAGAAGCAGGUACUUAACUCUUUUCUUCAGAUGAUUUGUGCAUCUGGUAUUGCCUGGUUAAUUCUUAUUUGCAUUCUUGAUGUUAAAAUGUGACUGUGUUCACAUUUUUCUCUUGAGAAAUGGGGAUCUUUACAGGGUUACUGCUUUGCUGCUUUUAGCCCUUACAGCAACAUAAACUCUAAGUUUCCCCCAAUUCAUCUAACUUCACAACUUCUCCUUCUGUUCUUUUAGCUAGUGGUACUUUAGGUAGUUAUUAGCUAUUGAUAUAUAAACAGGUAGAAGUAUAAACUGUGUUUCUUCAUUGGUCAUUCAAAUGGCAUAAAUAUAGUUUCUGGAUUUUUAAGAUGGUAUUUUAAAGGGAGGAAUUACAUUAGGAUCACAAUCACAAUGUAUUUCUACUCCCUGUAUCCAGUGUACUGAAAUUGUUUGGAGCAUUUGAGAUCCUAAAGCUUUACUGAUAUUUACUCAGUGUAUUGAUAUGUGAGUAAAUCUGCAGAUAAUAAGACUCCUUAGUUAUUGUAGCUUCCUUAUGCAAAUAGCAUAUUCAGCAAAGGAUGUUAGGUAAAAAUUUAUGGUUCUCCUUGGCUACAUUUGAUUUGAUUUGGACUUGUUUUCUUUUGGCCUCAUUAUUCUAGUGUUUUAAGCUUCUGAAUAUUUUCAGACUAUAUUGGAGAAUGGUGUAAACUCUAAAUGGUAUAAGCUUGAUCCAUUUCUAAUGACACACUAACCUAAAAAAACAAUAGACUGGUACUAGCAAGAUUUCUUGCAUAUGUGCUUAUUACACAUUACACUAUACUAUUAAAUUUAUUCAAAUAAGAGUAUUAACCAGGCCCUUUUUUCUUUUAUACACAAAAGUUCCAGAUAUCCUACAGGACUGUGAAUAAAUAACCACAGAUCUGUUCAGAUCUGUAUGCCUGUAUUUUGACUUCAAAGUCACAUUGGCUUGCUUCAUAGCGAAAAAGUUAAUAAAUAACUGAAAACUUUAGUUCCAAGAACUUGUUACAGUAAAGGGAAAGGAUUAUUUCAAAGGAAUCACUGAUACAAUUUCUUGACUCUUAAGAAUUUAGUUUACCAAUAGAACAAAUAUGGAUGUAGUGUGAACCGCAGUGGAUAUUUUGGAAGGAUACUGGGAGGAUGUUGCAGAGAGGUUUGACUUGAAUUCAAUAUGUUUGAUGAAGGUUUGCUUGGUUUCAAAUAGGGACGCUUACCCAGUUUUUUGAUGUUUUCAAAUGUAGUCGACCUCUUGCUUUUAUGAAAUUUGAAUAAAAAGGUCUUUGCUUAAUACUAGGGUAAGUGAUGGGAUUUUCCUUUGGGAAGGUAGCCUUUGUUUUACUUCUCAUACCACAAGAGAAGUCAAAGUGCAUAUUAAUCUCUCUUCCUGGAUAAUUAUAUAUGUCUGUCUGUAUAUAUACAUACACACAUAUAUUCACAUAAAUGACUAGUUUGAGUCAAAAAAAUCAUUUGAAUUUCUUAAAACCCAUCAAUUCUGAAUCAUGCCAUGUGAAAAUCCCUGGUGACUCUCAUCAUUAGAAAAGAACAGGAUAAUCAGUACUUUUUCCUGUAGCAUUUUAUGCUAACCAGUAAAAAUAUCUGAAGGCCCAUGGCUCCAAGAAUAUAAUACAGAUAUUCUGCUGUGUUCUCUUUAGUCUUGCUUGAUUCCUUGAGGACUGCUGUCAGAUUCCCACCUUAAACCCUCAUCUGCACUGACGACUUAUAUUCAUUUUAGUCAGGACCCCCUUUUUAUGUUGUAUGAAUCAUCCUUGUAUUUCUGUAUAGAUAAAGUAUGAUCAGAGAGUUUCUACAUGUAAAUACAAAUCUAUUUCUUUUCUAGAUCAUAACAUUGAAAAAGGUGUCCAUACUCCAUGGUCACCUGUCUUUACCGUUUUUAUUACUAAAAACAGACAUAUAAAUUGGUUAUUUUUUAGCACAGAGACUUGUGACUCAUACUGUAUUUUUGCACUUAAAAAUCAAAUUAUGUUAUUUUUUAAAAUGGUGAGUCAUUGGAAAGGAUAUCUAUAGAGCAACGUGUAUUUCCGAAGAGCAUUAGCAACAUCCAAAUGCAAAAAUAAUCAGCACACAUGAUUAUAUUCCCACUCCUCGGGAUUCUUGAUUCAGGAAGAUUAAGCUGUUUGUUUUGAACUGUUUUAUAUUUUAAAUUGCCUUCACUGAUAUAUAAGCUGUUACUGUACAUACAAGUUAAUCCUCAGUAUUCACAAGCAAUAACAGUCAGCAGAGUUGUCCUCGGGGAUAGCUGUGCUGAUGGAGACUGGGAGCCAAGUGUCAAGCUCAUUCAGAGCCUCCAGAAUAAAUGCAAGCAAUAAUUUCCAUUAUAAGUCAAUUGUAAGUCUUGUAUGCUUUUGAGGUCAGAGGGUAAAUGAAAUCAUGAUUUUAAAACAGCCUGAAGAAAAAGGUUUUAGGAAAGGAAAUGAGGCUAAUCCGUAGUCACAAAAUUCUGAUAUUUCACAGAAAUUAGAAGAUGGUGAUAGAACAUUCUUUCACGCCCACCACCCCUCUGAUGGAUGUUGUUAGCCCAAAUUACAUUUUCAUAUCAUGAACAUUGAAUAGGGUUUAUUGAAUCACAAAGGUAAGGGGAAGAACCGGGCACAUAUGUGUUUGAAUACUGUGGGUUUGACACCUGGUUGAAAACUUACUGGACAUGAUUUUUAACCCAGGAUAUUUUUUUCCCAAAGCAGAUCUAAAUUGUUUACUCCCCGGGUUGGAAAGGACAGGCACCUCUAAUCUAGUCUUUCUCCUCUGGUCGCCCUCUCCCAUACCCCUUUCCACCUAUACUUGGUUCAAGACAUUUUCUGAAAUGAAAAUUCUACUGUUGUUCAAACUGCCAUUGGUUAUGAGAACUCUGUGUCCUUUGGGAUCAUCUCUUAGAACUCCAGUGAUCUAUCUCAUAUUUGCUGCUACAUUUGUAAAAUGAACUUUGCCUGUAUUGGUUGACUUUAAUCUAAUUUACAGUUCUUUAUUUCUAGGAUGUUUUGUCCUCUAAUUUGACUCAUGUAUAGAAUUAGGAUACUUUAUUUUAGGAGUGUACCAUAAAAGCACACUGGUCCCUAUGUUGUUUUUAUCAUUUAGGUUUGGAAUUUCUGUUUGCUUUUUUUUUGUUUUGUUUUUGUUUUAAUUUGGAAAUAGAAGAAUGAGAAAAAUCUAUAAUCAGGCCCAACUUGAGAACUUUCCCUGUGCUUCAGCACUGUAAUUCUGCUGACCUAAUGUUCUCAAAAGAGGCACUUUUACUUUCUAUUGUGCAUGUAUGAUUGUCGUUUUUUGCUUUGGGGGGGUUUUGUGUUUGUAAUAAUGAAGCAGAAGAAAAGUGCAGUAGUAGAUAAAUGACUGAUCACAAACAUGUUAUGCAAUUUUAUUUUAUAAAGUUUUAAGGGGAAAAGUUUAACUCUUUGUAAAUCAUUUCUUAGCUCUGGUAAAAUGCUUAUAUUACUCCUCUAAAACAUGCUCAAUUCAGGCCUUUGUCUUUGUUAAGUGCCUUUUUUCUUUCUUUUUUCCCCUCUUUUGAAACCUUUGUCAGAUUAUCUUAAAGUACAGACUGAUAAGUCAGGGGAUUCAGGAGGAAGAAUCUCACACUUGCCUACGUCAUGUCAUGCUGUAACCCUCUUCGUUUUCUUUAUAUGUAUACGGAUAUAUGUGUAAGAUACAAACAUUACAUAUAUAUAAAACUAGGAGCUGCUGUACCAUUGCACCCUUUCCAAACACUCCCCUUUCACUGUUGGCAAAACUUCUGCCUUGUUUAUUCCAUUGCUUUCAGUUGAUUAAAGUGGGUGGAUUAGAAAAGUAUCUUUUCACAACAGGCCAUCUUUGCCCUUUAAAUAUCUGUUUGUAGAAGUUAACAGCAACACACACACACACACACACACACACGUCAGUUAUUACAAGUAAAAUAAACUUAGUAAAUCAUUGACUAUUCUUGGAUGUAACCCACUUUUCUGUGCUCUUUAAACUUGGCGUAAGUAAUAUAGGAGAAAGCAUUGGAAUAACAAGAGUACCUUGCAGGUCGUGUUGAUAAGGUGUGCUAGACUAAGCGUGGGAAGGCUAGCAUUAGAACCAUGGUAUGGUAUCUGAAUGAGUUUAGAAGGAAGUUAGCAACUGUCAAUGUUAAGUAUGUAUCAUAGUUUCUUCUGGAACAUGAUUUUUGAAGGAAUCAUAUAGCUGCAUAUCUGUUAAAAGGUUAAUAAACUCAGAAGUAGAAAGACUUCAGAUGCUGAGGAAAACAUUCAUAUAAUCUAUAGCAUCCUUGAGAGAUUUUCCAUUUGCUUUUUAUUUGCCAUAUAAUUACAUUUGGCUUAAUCUGAUUUUAUGGUUAUUUAGAUUUCUCCCUUGAGCAAAACAACAUAACUUUCAGUAUCUAAGAUUCAUCAAUUUCUUGUUGAAAACAAAUAGAUGUGACAUGUUAAGGGAGACCAAGUUGAACCAUCCUUCAAAACCCAGUACAAAUAUACCUAGUAGGUGCCCCCUUUUCAAUAAAUUCUAAUUGGGAAGAACAGACUAGUGGCUUAAAAGGAGAAAGCAGAAGCUCCUGGUAGUGUUAUCUGAUAGCAGAACUUGCCAGGCAGCUAGAAUUCACAGGUGUUACUCUUGAAUGACUAUGUCUAGGGGGAAUAUCGUUUAACCUUCGUGCCUCAGAUUACCCAUUAGACAAUUGGGUAUAAUCAUAUUCACCUACCUCCCAGGGAUAUCAGAGACUUUACUAUUUCGAAAAUAUUUUGAGUUUUUGUAAAAUGUCCUAUAUAAUUAAAAAUGCUAUUAUCAUCUUCCUGCAGAGGCUAAAAAAUGUUUUCCUUAUAAUGCGUAUAAAAAGCACCCUAUGAUUUUUUAAAAAAUCACUGGAAUUCUAAUUUAGAUACAUAUUUGUUAUUUAAACAUUAUCUUUGAAGUGGGAUAAAAUGUUUAGUUUCAGGUUAACAAGGGAGAGAGAUAACACUAAGUUUAAGUAGUUAUUUUUAGGCUUUUACGGUGUUACUGUGAUUUUUGUCAAGGUUGUGGAGCUCAAGUUAGAUAAAGUUUUAAUGCUUGGUUAUUGGAGUUGAUAAAUGACCCUGGAAUUUUAACUGCCUCACUUUUCCAUCUUCUCAGUCUAAUUUCCUUUUAUUACUUGUUUGGGGACGGGUAGCUAAGCUUUUUAACUUUCUAAGAAUGAGUGGUAUGUCUCCUUAUUCUUGCAGAUCAAGAGAUUGUGUACUAAUUUCAUUAACUGUAGGUAUAUCCAGCUCUGCACUGAAGGGGGUGAGCACUACACAGAGGCAGCUGGAUGCUCUUGUAGCCAUUGUACCUUUGUAAUUCAUGCUUCUUCAACCCAUGAAAGAGGUGGAGCCAUCAGCUGCUCAGGUUGUAAGAAAAUGGGAGACAGAAGGCAGGAUUCACUUUCUAACCGGGUUGGGGGUGGGGAAGGUCAGGGUAGAAGGAAACAUGUUUUUCCCCAGCUCCCCGGAGGAGAUGAAGACCAUUUUAUCGCCAUUUCCAUCCCUGCAUAUUAAGUAGUACUAUUAACGUAGAGUUUUCCCAUGAUUGUUAAAAUAAUAACAGGAAAAAAAUGGAUGCUGCAGUUUUAGUUAGGGCUAAAUGCUGAGCAGUGAUUGUUGGAUUGUGUGUGUAAAUUUAAAUUGUAGCACAUAUUCAGGGUCAGGAACGGAGAAUGUGAGGGAGGAACCAGUUUUAUCCGGCUCAAGUGAGUUAGUAGAAAGCACCAGGUCCAGAGGCAGACAAAGCAUCUGGUUAAUUUCCAGAAUUGGCUAAGAUCCACUGAAUCUCUAAUGAUAGGAUGCGUGUGUGUGUGUGUGUUUUUAAGUCACUUUUUGGAUUUUUGUUGCUUUUUCCAGAUAAGGCCUUAGUUAGUAGCCUCUAAAUAUCAACUAUGCAGAUAAACAUACUCCUUAUUUUUCACAUUUCCCUAUCUUUUCCAUUCUCAAAUAACAAAUGUUAAGACCCAAAGAAAUAAGGCAUAAGGGUUUUAUUGAAUGUGUGUUUGUUCCUCUAGGGAAAAUGCAACAGAAGCAUAAAAUAGAGAUACUUUGUGUGUUCAUCUAUCCUAAAAUGUGAACUGUGUAUUCAAAAACUAUCUACAGAUCCUUUCACUGGUGCAAAGCUGUGGUUAGUAUCAUGGAAUGUCUUUGGGUUGUUAGUGGUAAAAUCAUCCCGGUGUUCAAUUCUGAGAGUUUUAAAUUAUAUGACAAAAUGUUCAGGUUUAUAGAGCUGAACGAGUGGUCAAACUCUUAAUUAAAAAUAGCUUUGAAUAUUAAUGUUGAAUUCUUCUUUUUUGAUUUCGUUUAGUCUUCAUUCUUUAUUCCGAGCUCUUAAUCAUAUUGCUACACUCGAAUAUGAGUUGUGUAUUAGGAGUCUGAGGAGGAAAGGUUAAAUUAUCUUUUACGUCCUCUUCUCACUCACUCUGGCAAUCUAUCCUGUGACCCCAUAGAACUGAAAAGUAAAGCCCUGUGCAGGCCUUCUUUAGAAGACUGUUUACAUCCCAGCAGAGGACUUGGGCAAGGACUCUCUUAGGAUUUUAAUUAGACUGCCUUUGAAUAAUGUGAUAUUAAAUUUUAUUUUUCUCAUAGACUCCCAAAGUACCACUUGCUUGAAAGUAGCUACUUGUGAUAUUUAAUUUCCUUAUAUUGUAAUAAUUUUAUUUCUCAGUCUUUCCUGUGUAUAUCCAUUUUGUAGUGGGUUAGUACUUAAACUUGGGACACUUUUCCAAACUGUUACUCAAACAAGUCAGGAAUGCUUUUCAGAAUCGCAGUAGUAUUAUUAGGGUCUAUGUAUCUAGGACUUAGAGUCAUUAGUGGUCAUCACUGGGACUAGAGGUUUUUUUUUUUCCUCUUCUCCUUUGUAUUAAAAAACAGAUUUCGCUACUGUAUAAUGCGGCAUUAGCUACAUUUCAUGACUUCCUCCUGAUACUUUUUCGAGGUUAUUCAAAAGAGAUGCAGACCUUUAUUAGGGGCUAUUUCUCAUAAUAGUCUGCCUUGCUUAUUUUCAUACUCCCCCUGAAAUAAGCCUACUUUUGCAAACAGGCCAUAUGAAUCAGAUUUUAUGUUUGUUUCUCACAAAAUUUUCUAUACAUUAUUUGUUCCCAUUUUGCUAAUAAUAAUAUAAUGACUUUAUUGUAAAUCUGUGUUUUAAAUAUUUUAUAAUAGAGCACUAAUGGAAACCUAAUAAAUACAAACAAGAUGACUAUUACCCGAGAUAACUUAGAAAUACUUCUGUUUUCGAAGUUAACAAUACCAUCUGCCCUCAAAGCACAUUUAGGAGUCAAUAUCAUCCAAGACCACCCAGUUGACAUGUUUUUCUGUUUGACAACCUCCCCUUAAAUUGUCAGAUGUUAGCUAUCUUGUGUUUGCUGUGCUUGCAGCCAUAAGCUUUCCUCCUUUUUUGCUUAUCUCUGCUGUUUGUAGGGUUGGUGUGCCCUCUGUCAGAAAAUUGAGUUUUCUUUACUAUACCUGAAAAACUAUACCAAGGGUUACCCCAGUAUUGGCUAGAGGAAUUAAAAGAGAAAGAACUUACUCUCAAUUGACAAAAGUAUUGCUGUUUUACAUAGUUAAUUGGAAAGUUGGCCAACUCUGGUCACCUAUUUUUGAGUCUUGGCCAUGCCUUUGUAAUUAAUUACAUAUACCUUCUGAGACCUUCAGAUAAUCAAUGGGCCCUGCCCCAUUAGAGGUAGGUGCCCAGCCUACAAAUAAUUUCCUGUGAUCCAUGACAAGCCUCCAGAGAAAAGAGUCAAACUUUGCACUGCUCUUUUUUUUUUUGGUUAUCAUUGAAAACUUACUUUAUUUUAGAAAGUAUGAAAAAUACCAAAUUGUUCUUUCAGAGAAUAUGUAAGUCUGGGGCUUGCCCUUGCAUUUUACUUGCUAAACACCCUCAAACUUAAAAGAAGAAAAUAAAUCUCCGGCUGGUGAAAAUUUUGUGCCCCAAAUAAUAUAUUAAUCGAAGUCUGCCAAGGUAGCUAAGUGUUGGGUGUUUUCUCUCUUUUACUACAAGCAAGAAAGUUUAUUUGCAUUUGUAAACAUAAUUAUGGAACUCCAGACCUAUUUGCUAUAACUGAUUGGAAAUAAUGAUUCUGAUUUUUAGUCUGGGUAAGCACAUACUUCCAACCCUUAUGGCAUGAAUUUUGAUAAGGGAAAGACUCGUUUGGUAGCCCAAGGAAAAACAGGAUGUAUUUAUACAGUGAAUGUUCACUCUGCAGAGGAACGUCCCUCCAGUUACAUCUUCUCAUACAUUAGCCACCUCCACACUUGACAUUGAUGCCAGCGUGUUUCGAAACCAAUCUCGAAGGAGCCUCAAGAGUUGAUGGUCCUCUAGGUGAAAGGCACGAAUUACUGUAUUGCAUUUGCUUACGGGGAGGUGUGUUUUUUUGCUAACUUGAAGGGAUAUACUGUAUUUCAAAUAAGUGUGUGACUUAAUAUUUUGGGAUUUUUUUUCCUCCUUUAAAAACUGGACCUGAACACAAGCUUUGAGUUGAUAUUUGUAAUAAUCUCAGGACCUGAAAGAUUGUAGCAUUUAGCGUGUCUUAAAAAUUAUGUACUGUACCAGCCAUGGAUUUUUGUAAAUAUACCUGUCUCCCUUUUUUGUAUUAUUUUAGUAAAAAAAAAAAUAAUAAAUUUAAAUAAAAGGGGGUGGUGAUGACAUGAAUGGGUGUGGGUAUGUGUGUGUGUGUGUUUGUAUAAGGCUCUUUUGAGAUGAACUGGUGCUUGUUUAAUUUCCAGCUCAAAUCGGAGCAGGAAUAUGGACAAACUGCUGCUACUGAACCCUGCACUGAGCCGAGGUAUUUCCAUUUUGUCAUUUUCCAUUUGGUUAAUUAAACACUAGCUACCAGGAAAUGACGUAGAAGUUACUUCUUCCCACUGCCAUUUUGCCUUUGCAUUCUCAGUUCUCCUUGCCCUUUGAACUUUAAUGGUAAAACAUUUCAAACUUUGGGUGGUUUGCUUGUCUCUAGUUUUUAGAAAGCUCUUAUCACUCCUUCCUAAGAAAAAAGAAGGGCAGGUAAAUUUUUUUAACCAAAAAAUUACACAUUUCAUAAAACCCUGAAUUUUGGAUAUGUGAGAGGGCAUAAACAUUCCUAAAUAUGGACCUGUGAAUUUAGUAAAUUACUCCCAUGAAUAUACUUCUUCAGUGCAGGGAUUUUUGUGGUUUAUUUUUAUUUCUUUUUCUUUUUUUUUUUUUUUUUUUUUGCAACAGCCUUGCUCAUAUUCCAGGUGUAGCUAGCAAACCCCUCUUUUUGAAGCAAGAGCCUUAUUUGAUUCAGUGUAGAUGUUUCCUGUCUAUCCUUUGUGACAGGGCCUUUUACAUGAGUGUUUUUUCUUUUUGUAUAUGUUACGUGUUUAUUGUUGUAUUAAAUAAAGAGGAAUGUACAUACUA